AAAAACAUGAAAUACUGGUAACAUUUAUGAGAAGAACUUCCCAUUAAUUUUGACAUUUCAGUUGCGGAGGCACAAGUUUUGCAGAAGUUUUUACAUAAUAUUCUUCUAGUAAAUUUCGGGUCUACAAAAAUGUCGUUGACUCAAAUCGCCCGUAACUGUGCCCGUAUGGCCGUCAGAGCCAAUGGAAUCCGUGCUAUCACUGCCCAACCACAGAUGCGUUUAUUGCACAGAUUGGUCGCACCAGCCAUGUGCAAUGGAGUGACACAAGGUAGCAAAAGCUGGCAAUGGCAAAUGGUACGCAAUUAUUCAGCAAAACCCCCACUAACCCUGCAAUUGAUAAACGAACGAGUUUUGCUAGUUUUGAAACUCUACGACAAGAUUGAUCCUAGCAAGCUCCGUGUUGAGUCUCAUUUCAUCAAUGAUUUGGGUUUAGAUUCCUUGGAUCAUGUGGAAGUUAUCAUGGCCAUGGAAGAUGAAUUCGGUUUUGAAAUUCCAGAUUCUGAUGCCGAAAAACUUUUGAGGCCUGCCGAUAUUAUUAAGUACGUCGCCGACAAGGAAGAUGUAUAUGAAUAAAUGUGUUUAUUGUUAAACAAUAAUUUAACAUCAAUAAGAAUAUAAAUAAUUUAAACUAGAAGGCAAAUGUAAUUUGAACUUUUCUGGCAAAAGAAAGCUUAUUCGAAAAAUACAGCAUGUAAAAAUUACUUCUAAAUGUUAAAACAUAAAUAUAUAACCAAA